ACAUUUAUAGUGCUAAAUAAAGGGAAGACAAUCUUCCGUUUUAGUGCCACACCUGCCUUGUACUUCAUAAGUCCUUUUAAUCCGGUUAGGCGAAUAGCUAUUAAAAUUUUGAUACAUUCUCUUUUCAGCAUGAUCAUUAUGUGUACUAUUUUGACCAACUGUAUAUUCAUGACCUUUAGUGAUCCUCCCGAGUGGUCAAAACAAGUAGAGUACACAUUCACAGGAAUUUAUACAUUUGAGUCUCUUGUAAAAAUCUGCGCGCGAGGAUUCUGUAUAGAUGGGUUUACAUUCCUCAGAGAUCCAUGGAACUGGCUGGAUUUCAUGGUCAUAUCGAUGGCAUAUAUAACAGAGUUUGUGGACCUGGGCAAUGUAUCUGCGCUGAGAACAUUCAGAGUUCUCCGAGCAUUGAAAACUAUCUCUGUCAUUCCAGGCCUGAAGACCAUUGUGGGCGCCCUGAUCCAGUCUGUGAAGAAGCUUUCGGAUGUGAUGAUCCUUACCGUCUUCUGCCUGAGCGUCUUUGCCCUCAUCGGCCUCCAGCUCUUCAUGGGCAACCUGCGCCACAAGUGCGUGAUCUGGCCAAUCAACAGCACCGAGAACUACCUGGCCAACGGCAGCAAGGGCUUCGACUGGAAUGAGUACAUCAUGAACGAGACCAAUUUCUACUUCCUGCCUGGCCAGUUGGACGCUCUUCUAUGUGGGAACAGCUCUGACUCUGGCCGCUGCCCGGAGGGCUACACAUGCAUGAAAGCUGGGAGGAAUCCAAACUACGGCUACACCAGUUUUGACAGCUUCGGCUGGGCCUUCCUGGCUCUCUUCCGACUCAUGACACAGGACUUCUGGGAAAACCUUUACAUGCUGACCCUGAGGGCGGCAGGGAAGACCUACAUGAUCUUCUUUGUGUUGGUGAUCUUUGUGGGUUCGUUCUACUUGGUGAAUCUGAUCUUGGCUGUUGUGGCCAUGGCCUAUGAGGAGCAGAAUCAGGCCACCAUGGAAGAGGCUCUGCAGAAGGAGGAGGAAUUCAAGGCCAUGUUGGAGCAGCUCAAGAAACAGCAGGAAGAUGCCCAGGCCGCUGCCAUGGCAACCUCUGCGGGCACAGUGUCAGAGGAUGCAGUAGAGGACGAUGGAGGAGGGCGUCUGUCAUGCAGUUCCUCUGAGAUGUCAAAGCUCAGCUCCAAGAGUGCCAAAGAGCGGCGUAAUCGUAAGAAAAAGUGGCGGCAGAAGGAGCAGGAGAAGGAGAAAGGCGACAGUGAGAAGUUUGUUAAGUCAGAGUCGGACGACGGCAGCAAGAGGAGCCGCUUCCGUUUCCCUGAUAAUCGCCUGGGUCGAAAGUCUUCCAUUAUGAACCAGUCCCUCCUUAGUAUACCUGGCUCGCCUUUCCUGUCCCGCCACAACAGUAAGAGCAGCAUCUUCAGUUUCAAAGGACGCGGCAAGGACGUGGGCUCGGAGAACGAAUUUGCCGAUGAUGAGCACAGCACGGUGGAGGAAUGCGAGGAGCGUCGGGGCUCCCUCUUCAGCCCAUAUCGGCGGAACAGCUACAGCGGCUUCCACGGGAAGAGGAACAGCACGGUGGAUUGCAACGGCGUGGUGUCACUCAUCGGCCCUGGGCCCGGCGGACGCCUUCUGCCUGAGGUGAAAAUAGAUAAGGCAGCUACUGACGACAGUCCGACUACUGAGGUUGAGGUGAAGAAGAAGCUGUCGGGCUCCCUGAUGGUGUCUGUGGACCAGCUCAAUACCUCCUUUGGGCGGAAAGAGCGGGCCAACAGUGUCAUGAGCGUCAUUACCAACACACUAGUGGAGGAACUCGAGGAGUCUCAGCGCAAGUGUCCGCCAUGCUGGUAUAAGUUUUCUAACACAUUCCUGAUCUGGGAGUGCUCCCCCGCGUGGAUUAAGAUCAAGGAGAUUGUGAACCUGAUAGUCAUGGACCCCUUCGUGGACUUAGCUAUCACCAUCUGUAUCGUCCUCAACACCCUCUUCAUGGCCAUGGAGCACUACCCCAUGACCACCGACUUUGAAGACAUGCUGUCUGUAGGCAAUCUGGUGUUCACGGGGAUCUUUGCCGGGGAGAUGCUUUUCAAGCUGGUGGCUAUGGAUCCGUACUACUACUUCCAGGAGGCCUGGAACUGUUUCGAUGGUUUCAUUGUGACGCUGAGUUUAGUGGAGCUGGCUCUGGCUGACGUUGAGGGCCUCUCAGUCCUGCGGUCGUUCCGAUUGCUGAGAGUGUUUAAGCUAGCCAAGUCAUGGCCCACCCUCAACAUGCUGAUCAAGAUCAUUGGUAACUCGGUGGGAGCCUUGGGGAACCUGACUCUGGUGCUGGCCAUCAUCGUCUUCAUCUUUGCUGUGGUGGGCAUGCAGCUGUUUGGCAAGAGCUACAAAGACUGUGUGUGUAAAAUCGCUGCUGACUGUGAGCUGCCCCGCUGGCACAUGAAUGAUUUCUUCCACUCCUUCCUGAUCGUCUUCCGGGUGCUGUGCGGUGAGUGGAUCGAGACCAUGUGGGACUGCAUGGAGGUGGCAGGCCAGGGCAUGUGCCUCAUCGUCUUCAUGAUGGUCAUGGUCAUCGGUAAUCUCGUGGUGUUGAACCUGUUCCUUGCCUUGCUGCUGAGCUCAUUCAGCGCUGACAACUUGGCUGCGACGGAUGACGACGGUGAGCCCAAUAACCUGCAGAUCUCCGUCAUGCGCAUCAAGAUAGGCAUUGCGUGGAUAAAAGCGAAGGUGGCGAUACUGGUGGCCAGUCUGCUGAAGAAACCACCGAUGGAGGACGAGCAGAAGCCUUUGGAUGACAUGUAUGACAAGAAGCUGAACUGCAUUGCUAACCACACCGGGGUGGACAUCAACCGUGACCUGGACUAUGCCAAGAACGGGAACGGCACCACCAGCGGUAUUGGCAGCAGCGUGGGCAAGUAUAUGAUUGAUGAGGACCACAUGUCGUUCAUCCACAACCCGAACCUGACUGUCUGCGUGCCCAUAGCUGUGGGAGAGUCUGACUUUGAGAACCUCAACACAGAGGACUUCAGCAGCGAGUCGGACAAUGAGAACAGCAAAGAGCUGGAUGACACCAGCUCAUCAGAGGGCAGCACCAUCGACAUCAAGCCAGAUGUGGAGGAGGUGGUGGUGGUGGAGGCGGUUGAGGAAUACAUGGAACCAGAGGCGUGUUGGACAGAUGCUUGUGUGGCCAAGUAUAAGUGCUGUUAUCUUGACAUCACUGUGGGUUGGGGGAAGAAAUGGUGGUGGUUGAGAAAAACCUGCUACCUGAUUGUGGAGCACAACUGGUUUGAGACCCUCAUCAUCUUCAUGAUUCUCCUCAGUAGUGGCGCCCUGGCCUUUGAGGAUGUGUACAUCGAGCAGAGGAAGACCAUUCGGAUCAUUUUGGAGUAUGCCGACAGGGUUUUCACCUACAUCUUCAUCCUGGAGAUGUUGCUGAAGUGGGUCGCCUAUGGUUUUGUGAAGUAUUUCACCAAUGCCUGGUGUUGGCUGGACUUCUUCAUUGUGGAUGUGUCUAUAGUCAGCCUUGUAGCUAAUGCGCUGGGCUACUCCGAUCUAGGGCCCAUUAAAUCACUCAGGACACUAAGGGCCUUGAGACCCCUCAGAGCCUUGUCACGUUUUGAAGGGAUGAGGGUGGUAGUCAACGCCUUGGUGGGUGCCAUCCCUUCCAUUAUGAAUGUGUUGCUGGUUUGCCUCAUCUUUUGGCUGAUUUUCAGUAUCAUGGGGGUCAACCUGUUUGCGGGCAAGUACUACUACUGUUUCAAUGAGACAUCUGAGGAAUACUUUCCCGUCGACGAGGUCAACAACAAGACCCAGUGUGAGGACCUCAUAAGAAGAAACCAUACGGAGGUCAGGUGGAAGAAUGUCAAAAUCAACUUUGACAAUGUGGGCGCGGGCUACCUGGCCCUGUUGCAAGUGGCCACAUUCAAAGGCUGGAUGGAUAUUAUGUACGCAGCUGUGGAUUCCAGAGAGGUGGAAGACCAGCCCGACUAUGAAGUCAACAUCUACAUGUACAUCUACUUUGUCGUUUUCAUCAUAUUUGGCUCCUUCUUCACCCUCAACCUCUUCAUUGGUGUGAUCAUUGACAACUUCAACCAGCAGAAGAAAAAGUUUGGAGGUCAGGAUAUCUUCAUGACAGAGGAACAGAAAAAGUACUACAAUGCCAUGAAAAAACUGGGGUCCAAAAAGCCACAAAAACCCAUUCCUCGACCGCAAAACAAAAUCCAGGGCAUGGUGUUUGACUUUGUGACGCAGCAAGUCUUUGACAUUUCCAUCAUGAUACUCAUCUGCCUCAACAUGGUCACCAUGAUGGUGGAAACAGAUGAUCAGUCAGAUGAAACAGAGCUCGUCCUCUACUGGGUCAACUUCAUUUUUAUUGUAGUCUUCACCACAGAGUUCUUGCUGAAGCUCUUUGCCCUUCGCCACUAUUACUUCACCAAUGGCUGGAAUAUCUUUGACGUGGUGGUGGUCAUCCUGUCCAUUGUCGGCAUGUUCUUGGCUGACAUCAUUGAGAAGUACUUUGUGUCACCGACCCUGUUCAGGGUGAUCAGGUUGGCUCGUAUUGGCCGUAUCCUCCGUCUGAUCAAAGGAGCUAAGGGCAUCCGGACCUUACUCUUUGCUUUGAUGAUGUCACUGCCAGCCCUGUUCAACAUUGGCCUACUGCUCUUCCUGGUCAUGUUCAUCUUCUCCAUCUUCGGCAUGUCUAACUUUGGCUACGUAAAACAUGGAGCGGGCAUUGACGACUUGUACAACUUUGAGACCUUUGGCAAUAGCAUGAUCAUUCUGUUCAUGAUCACAACGUCGGCUGGAUGGGAUGGCUUGCUGUUGCCGAUCCUCAACUACCCACCAGACUGCGAUCCCAGUUUGGAAAACCCUGGUACAUCAGUGAAGGGCGACUGUGGUAACCCAUCAGUGGGAAUCUUCUUUUUUGUCAUGUAUAUCAUAAUUUCUUUCCUGAUUGUGGUCAACAUGUACAUCGCCAUCAUCCUGGAGAACUUCAGUGUGGCCACAGAGGAAAGCGCUGAUCCUCUCAGUGAAGACGACUUUGAGACCUUUUACGAGAUCUGGGAGAAGUUUGACCCUACUGCGUCUCAGUUCAUCACUUUUGCCAAGCUGUCUGACUUUGCUGACGCACUGGAGCAUCCACUUCGUGUGCCGAAGCCCAACACAAUAGAACUAAUUGCCAUGGACAUGCCCAUGGUGAGUGGCGAUCGCAUUCACUGCCUGGACAUCCUGUUUGCCUUCACAAAGCGAGUGCUGGGUGACAGUGGUGAGUUGGACAUGCUGAGGCAGCAGAUGGAGGAGCGUUUUGUGGCAGCCAACCCCUCUAAGGUGUCAUAUGAACCCAUCACCACCACACUUCGCCGCAAACAGGAGGAUGUCUCCGCCAGAACUAUCCAGAAUGCCUACCGCACCCACCUCAUCAGGCGUGGCAUCAUCUUCAAGCGCCAUACUUUUACUAACAAUAAGCUCGAGAACGGCGGGACCAACAAUGAGAAGAAGGAGAGCACACCAUCCACAGCCUCUCUUCCCUCUUAUGACAGCGUGACCAAACCUGACAAGGAGAAGCAGGAUGAAAACAAGGAGGAGUGGGCCAGGAAAGAGAAGGACAAAAACCAAAAAGAUGAGUGGGAAUCCAAGUGUUAGGGUUCAGUGACUCUCGAAAUCCAGUAAAACACAGUGAGAUGAGACUCUGAGCCCAAACCCAACAAAUGUAGAAAAAGUCAUUUGCAAGUAAGAAAAAAAACCCAACAAAAAUAUAUAAAAAAAUGUUUACAGACUUCAAUACUACUGAGGCAAUGUGGUUUCUUAUGUCGUCAAAGACAGCUGAACCAAACCCAAUCAGUUUACCACGGAACUGCAGCAUAGUGACCAAGUUCAUGAAAAUGAGGAACAAAUGCAAAAUGAAAAACAAUGACACCGGUGUGCUGGCCAAUGACACACAUUUCUUUGGGGACCAAAUGCCAAGGCACAUAAAUCUCUGCUAGAUGACUGAAGAAUUGCAAAAUCCCUGCCACCACCGAGUGUGGACCCCCGCAGCAAAGCGCCAAUGCUACGGGACUGGAUCAUACUAGAACUGUAUUAGCAGUCUAAAGGAGGGUCUGUAACACUGCAUUUACCGUCUUUGUCCAGAAAGAAAAACAAUAAUCAACCAAGCAAGUUUAGUGAGGAAGAAAACACUAGCGAGGGAGGGGGAAACCCAGAACCAUAGACAAAGAUUUUUUUGUUUGUGCUGGGUAUACUUGCAUCUCAACUCACAUUAUUUGAGCAGCAAAACAAGAUAACAUUUAGCCCAUGUCACUAGUCUUUUCAUCUCCUCUUUGUUAUACUGACACUGAAAAAGACAUUUUCUACAUGGGCUUUCACACUGACUGGGAAGGGGGUCAUUAGUCAUUGUUUUGACUUGGGCUGAAGGAGACUUGCUCAGACCGAGUUCCAGAUAAAUUAUAAUUAUUGUGCUCGUUCAAUGCAUAGAAAUGACUUGCAUGAAGGCAUGUUUUGAUCAGGAAUCAUGCAUGAGUAAUCAUAGUCCACAAGACACUAAUUCUCAGACCACUGCAGUGACUUGACUAUAGUUUGAGGCUGUCCACUGGGGAUAUUACGAGAACUAUAAGUGGAGAAUGAAGAUUAUGGAUAGAUGAUUUAUAGAAUUUUGGGGAAGUGAGAGUCGUAUGAUCCUGCCCUUCACUAGUUUUGCUUUUCUACUGACAGAUCUUUUAAUUAAGCCAUUGAUUAAAAUGUCUGGUGAAUGAAGGAUGUAAGCAAUCAGAGAAUCGGAUCAGCCAACAACACAAAGUAGGAAAUGUUUUUUUGCUGCUCUGAAUGUUAGAAGUGUGGAAAGAGUGUAUGAGUAUUAGAAAGCAGAAUAUCCUCAUGUUGAGGAUGCACAGAUUUGGAGGGCCGUGUCAGUUGUCCUGAACCAAAUCUGGGGCUUACAUCUCUUUGUUUACUUACAUCCAUCAUACAGUCACUUUCCUUACUUACCUGUGGUCCCUGUUACAGCAAUGAGAGCAGGUAAUGUUUCACGCCAAGGAAUCCAUAUCUGGCAUCAGUAAGGAUCUGGUGUGCGCAGUAUCAAUAGAUAUCCCCUCUACUGCUAUAGUUCCUGGAGAAGGGACUGAAAUAUAGUUUCAUUUUAUCCAUUUUGUGCAGAUUGCUUUUGUUGUUUUGUUUUGGGCUACCGGAAGAACUGAAAACUGCAUUUAGGUAGAUACAUUAGGUAGUACUCUCACCGAUUCAUUAAUUUCAAGUUGCUCUUUUGUACUCUGUCAGACCCACAUCAGAAUUUCCCCUUGAGGGACGUCUUUGAGUUGCCAGCUUUAGAAAAACAAAGCCUUGAAUUCCUUCUUUGAUGUCCUUGAGACGCAAUCAUUCCUAGAAAAGGUUUUGAUCAGUGAGAGUGACACUGACCACCCGAAACUGCCGAGUUAGCCGAGAAUUAUCACAAGGACAUGCCUUGUCGUGCCUAGCUUGUAUGGAAAGGUGGACUGUAGAAUCAAAUGGUUUUUGUCUUGUUUUUCAGGGAGGUGGAUAGGCAAUAAAUAAGUAUAAACAUGGACCAAUAAAUAGGUAGCGCCCCUCCCUUCAGGGUUUUAGACUGACUGCCAUGAGAACAAGAGAGAUACAGGAGAACAGAAGAAUAGUGCUUUGGUCUGAGUCGGAGUGCUGAAAGUCCCAUGUUUGUCAGUGUAUCAUUGUGCUUUUGUGGGACCUCUUAAACACUGUGUGGUGUUGGACCCAGGCUCGCACCAUCUUUUCACGUACUUGCAGGCUUUCAAAUACUAUCACCUGCUUCAAAAAUUAUUAGCCACAGACGGAGGUAGAAACACUUGACAUGAUAAAACAUCAGCAGGCCUCACAUCGACGCAGUUCUGUUGUAUAAUAAGCUUUGUGGGUGUUUUUCAUAUAAAAAACCUGAGGCUUUGUUAAGUGGUACACAAGACACAGCUGCCUCCUUAGGUGUUCCUGCCAUUUCUUUUCUACACAGGAGUGAUGGUCCUAUUUAUAAGUGGAUGACUAUACAUAAAAAUCUGGCAUCCAUCGUCGCACCACUAAUGCCAUUUGGUGUGUUUAACACUGCCUGUACCAGACCCCCCUGUCUGUAACAAUAACUGAGGUCUGUUUACAAUAUGAGGUCUCUGAAUCAGUUUGGCUGCUGCACACUAAAAACCAAAUACAUUCCCAAUGAGAACCACAGGAGGAGUGAGUAAUGUCAUUCAAUUUACCCAUGUUCAUCUUGGAUGUAAUGUUUUAGAAUGAUACAUUCACACUUGGAGAAAAAAAAAAGAAAAAAAGAAAAAAAGAAGCAAAAAAAGACAAAAAAAGAUACAAAAACAUAUAUAUGUACAGUGCAGGCUAUGAUGUAAAUGGCACAAUCGCUGAAAAAGAACGAACUUUUUGAGAGAAACUAUAAAUAUUGUAUUAUAUUCUUUUAUUUUAUCCGCAUGCUUUGUUGUGUUUUUUGUAAAUACGGAAUUUUAAAAAUGUUACUACUAAUAAUCAAAAAAUGAAUAAUAACAAUAAUAUAGAAUGGCUUCCAGCUAUGCCCUUUGUCACAUUUGUUACCUUUUGGAUUUUUUGAGACACUUUUCACUUUGUUGACGGAAAUUGAAUGAAAUAUAGAUAUUAUAUAAUGCAAAAGAUAAAUACAUGUAUACAUAUAUGUCUAUAUGUAUAUACAUAAAACAGAAGAACACUGUUUGUCACAUUUGAUUUAUGUGCAACACGUUCAGUGGAUGUCUAAAACUGGUUGUUUCCAGCACCCUUCUAUGUUUGGGAAUAGCUCAUGUGCGAUGUUACUGGAGCUGCUUGCCAUGGAUUGUAGCCUGAUCAUGAUGAAAGGAUACUGUUACCAGCACAUUUCUCACUUACUGUCAUAUGUCUCACCUUCACUGAGUAUACAGGACACACCCACAGUCAUGGACACAAACACACACAGGUGACUCUCCUCACUGCCCACCAUCUUUACCAGUGAUCUCUUCCCGGAGGACGUCAGCUGGUGUGACUGGCUGCCUCGUGCACCCUGAGACGGUACCUACCCCAGGGCCUUUUUCCCAUACCCACACAUCAGUGCCAUUACAGCUCAACAUGCAUACAAUCAUGUACUUGCUUCAUAUCCUCACGUUUCUUUUGUUGAAUAGUUUGUUUCCAGUGUUUCACUCAAUGGCAUGUGCCUUUUUUCUGCUUUUUCUGUGAAUUUGGACAUUGAUGCCACACUGAAAAAAACAAAAAAAGAAACAAACAAAAAAAAACAACAAUAAAUAUGUUUCCAAACUGUGGAGGGUGGGGGUUUGGGGGUGAGCACAACAUUAAUCAGGGAUGUCGAGUCAGAAAUACUGCCGGAGGAUCAUCCAGACCAGUUCAUCUUAAUAUUCAACAGUGUGUGAUGUUAACAGAAAAACAGCUAACUCAAAAAUGUCCUGUUCUUAGUGCUAUGUGUGUCACCCACUUGGCUUGUGAAAAAGCAGCUUGCCUUCUAUAUUUCUGUUUUAUUUCUUCAAUAUUUCUGUUUCCAUCUGAAAUUUAUUUUUGUAUCAAUAUUUGAUUAUAGGACUCAUUCUUUUUUAGCAUGGUUUAUUAUGGGCGUUUUUUUUUUCCUUUUUGCUGAGAAAUUAAAAAGUGCUUUUCAAACUGUUGUUAUCAUUUGACACCGUGAUAAAAGAGGAUAUACAGUACAAUAUGAUUGUGUGUUGCACAACCACUUGGACUCUCGGUAAGAAUAUAUGAAAGAUUGUCUUCAUUUGAGCACGAACCUUUUUAUUACCAAUAAAGCAGCCUUCCAGUUA